AAUGAUGCCAGUUUUAAAAAUUACACUAAUUAAUUCAAUGAUGUCGUGCAAUAUAAGUCAUAAUCCUAUCUCUCUAACAAUUACUUAUGUUCUAGAGCAUAAAAAGAUAAUGGAUGUUCUCUUCAAAGAUAAAGAAAAAAUGGGUAUACGUUUGUCAAAAUUUCUCAGCGACGAUCACUGCGGUAACAACGAACGAUUUAGUAGAGAGUACAUUAAUACGCUCAUUAUAAUAUUUGACUCAAAAUUAGUUCAAUCUAACGAUUCACUAGUUAGAAUCGAUCAAGUGCAAUUUUUAAACGGAGGUUUGAUUUUUAACUCAAUAAUAGUUCGUGGUGGAGCCAUAUUUUUCCAGCCUAGUAGCAAUAAAGAUGAGAAAAAAUUUUUAGAGUUUCCUAUGCACUAUGAAGCAGAUAAGUUCGUGAUUUGCAAUUGCCAACAGAGAAUAAUUUUAGAUCUAAUCGAUAAGAAAGUUAGAAAGAAGUUCAGUAAGUCGGGUUAUAGACUUGUUGGAACUGAUAGAGGACAAAGAAUUCAGGGAUGUAAUUUAAAUAGAAAACUUUUAGCUGUCUUUCGUCAAAAUCUUAUUUAUGAUUCAUUCAUUGACUAA